AACUCCCACUUACUGAGUUAAUAGACUGAGUUAACAGAUGGGACUAGAAACCAGAAGAAUCGAUGUGCCUAAGGUCAUACCCUUAGAAAGUGCAGUCUGGGUUCUGUACCCAGCGGGAAGAAUUCCUGCAUCUGUUCCUUCCACUUCUUCCAGCCUAGCUGCCUCCGCCCCUCAAUAUACCAGGAGCCAGAACACAGCUGUCUCUUCGUGGCUCCCCCCACCCAGGCCAGCUAUCCUAGGGUGGGACUGAGCUCAGUGGGGGCAGUCUUGUAGUGUCCGGUGACACAGCAGUGUCCCUGCAGGCAAAUUCGGCCAGAGAUUCAUUCUGAACCACGGUUCUGACUGUCACUGACCCAGCCAUGCCCGCUCCACUGCUCCCACUGCUGCUGCGAACGCUGCUGUCCCGCCUGCUGCUGCCUGCCGCCCGCCUGGCCCGCCGGCACUUCCUGCCCCUGCUGCGCCGACUGGCCCGCCACCUAGGCUCACAGGAUGUUCGUGAGGCUUUGCUGGGCUGUGUGUUGUUCAUCCUCAGCCAGAGACACCCACCUGACGCAGAGGAGGCCUCCAGAGUGGCCGGCCAGGAGAGGCGGGAGAGGCUAGCUCCCCUCAAAUGAGGCCGUGAUCCCUGACGUUGGCUGUAUCAUCGAAAGCCCUUCUUUUGGAGCAUGACAGUCCCAGCACCGUCACACAGCGUAGCCUACCCGGUGUG